GAGAGCAGCGCAUGCGCGAGCUACCCCCCCCCCCCCCAGCUGGUUCUGUUUAGUUCUCCGCUGACGCAGAGUAGGGAGCUGAAAGAAGAGGAGCUUCCGCCUCAGUCCGAGUCCUCCCUGCGCUUAACGGUCUCUCGCGUUGGAACCGCUGGUGAAAUAGUGUAAACAUGUCGUUGUAUCCUUCACUGGAAGACCUGAAGGUGGACAAAGUAAUUCAGGCCCAAGCAUCUUUUGCUUCAAAUCCAACCAAUCCAGCAAUUUUAUCUGAAGCUUCUGCUCCAAUCCUUCAAGAUGGAAACUUGUAUCCAAAGCUGUAUCCUGAACUUGCCCAGUAUAUGGGUCUAAGCUUGAAUGAAGAAGAGAUACAAAGAAACUUGGCAAUGGUUCCUGCUGCAAAUUCUCAGGGGCUUGUUGCAAGGCCUUCUGCAGUUAAUUACAUGGUGGCUCCAGUAACUGGAAAUGAUGUUGGAGUUCGUCGAGCAGAAGUAAAGCAAGGGAUCCGUGAAAUAAUCUUGUGUAAAGAUCAGGAUGGAAAAAUUGGGCUUCGCCUUAAAUCAGUGGACAAUGGUAUAUUUGUCCAACUAGUUCAGGCAAAUUCUCCAGGAUCACUGGCUGGCCUGCGGUUUGGGGACCAGGUUCUGCAAAUCAAUGGUGAAAACUGUGCAGGAUGGAGCUCUGAUAAAGCUCAUAAAGUUUUGAAGCAAGCACCUGGAGGUAGAAUUUCAAUGAUUAUUCGUGACAGACCUUUUGAGCGAACUAUUACCAUGCACAAGGACAGCACAGGUCAUGUUGGAUUUAUAUUCAAAAAUGGUAGGAUAACUUCAAUAGUAAAAGACAGCUCUGCUGCUAGAAACGGACUUCUUACGGAACACAUCAUCUGUGAAAUUAAUGGACAAAACAUUAUUGGCCUGAAGGAUUCCCAAAUUGCAGAUAUAUUGCAAACUGCUGGAAACACAGUGACCAUCACUAUCAUGCCUUCCCAGUUUUUUGAACAUAUAAUAAAAAGAAUGGCUUCAAGUGUUAUGAAAAAUCUGAUGGAUCAUACCAUUCCUGAAGUCUAAAAUUUGAGCCAUGCUGAUGAUGGUUCUACAAUGAAAACUCCACUUAAAUGGGCUACUAUUUACUUAUGUUCUGCAUGUGAGCCUUUAUUUAAAGCAAAGAGAAGAUGCUGCAUUGAGCAUUUGAAUUAUGUUAUGGCUGGGAAUGUCACAAUCCAACAUUACCUUUUUUCAGACUGAAUUCUGUAGCCUUACACUAGUUUGACAAAAUAGAGAACUGUAUACUUUUUUUAUAGGCUUAUACUGUCUGUCCACUUUCUAUAAGCCAUUGGAACUACAGAAAACUAAUAUCUUGCAAGUGUUUAGUAUUUGCUAUGUGUGAUUCAAGUAUAUUACUGCUCUUUGUACUUUUUCAUACAAAUGUAGUUUUUCUACUACCUUCUGUAUGCAAUGAUAUUUACAAUUAUGACUUAUAGUGCUAGUGAACUUACUUCUAGUAAUCUUGUUUACAAAAGCAUGCUGGUCAAACUGAGCACAGCUGGUAUUUAUCAUUCCAGACAUUUAACAGUAACAUGUACAGGUGAGCAUUUAGGUUGUCUUACUGCUCUUUUAUGAAGUCAUUAUGUGCUUAAAUUGUUGCCUUAACCAUCUUAAAUCAGAAAGUUGCAAAAAUGUUACCUUGUCAUUUCCAAUUAAAAUGGCACAGUUGACAAAUC